CCUGAAUUCAAAAGGAUUGAACCUUGAAGUCACCUCUGCAAUUUGUAGCCAAUUUAUCAGAGCUGGGGAUGAGGACUACUUGGCUAUGAACUGUGCUCCUCAAGACAGACAGGACGGACUCCCACGUGAGAAUGGCUGUGACUUUGGAACAAGCCCCGUGGCUGGGCUGGAUCCUGGUGAAAGCCCUGAUGAGGUUUGCCUUCAUGGUUGCCAACAACCUGGUUGCAAUUUCAUCCUACGUCUUCUAUGUGAUUGUACUCCAGCCCCUCCGCGUGCUGGACAGUAAGAGCUUCUGGUACAUUGAAGGAAUCAUGUACAAAUGGCUUCUAGGCAUGGUGGCUUCUUGGGGAUGGUACGCUGGCUAUACAGUGAUGGAAUGGGGGGACGAUAUUAAAGCAGUUAUGGAAGAUGAAGCAGUAAUGCUGGUGAAUCAUCAGGCAACAGGAGAUGUGUGUACUCUGAUGAUGUGCCUCCAGGACAAAGGGCUGGUUGUUGCUCAAAUGAUGUGGUUGAUGGAUCAUAUUUUUAAGUACACAAACUUUGGAAUUGUUUCUCUAAUUCAUGGAGACUUCUUUAUAAGACAGGGAAAAUCUCAUCGUGACCAACAGCUUCUUCUUCUCAGGAAGCACCUAGAAAAUAAUUACAGGAGCAGAGAUCGAAAAUGGAUCGUUUUAUUUCCAGAAGGGGGCUUCCUCAGGAAGAGGCGGGAAACAAGUCAGGCAUUUGCCAAGAAAAAAAACCUGCCGUUUCUUACACACGUCACUCUGCCAAGGAUUGGAGCAACACAGAUUAUCCUGAAUGUACUUGUGGCGCGACAGCAAAAUGGAAGUCCAGCAGGAGGAGAUGUUAAAGAAUUAGACAGCAAAUCAAAAGGUCUCCAGUGGAUUAUAGAUACAACUAUAGCUUAUCCCAAAGCUGAACCCAUAGAUAUUCAAACCUGGAUUCUUGGAUACAGGAAACCGACAGUCACACAUGUACAUUACAGGAUCUUUCCAAUUAAGGAUGUACCCCUGGAGACUGAUGAACUUUCUGAUUGGCUCUAUCAGCGUUUUAUUGAAAAAGAGGACCUCUUAACGCAUUUUUAUGAAACAGGGGCUUUCCCACCUUCCCAAGGCCACAGGGAAGCUGUUUCCAGGGAGAUGACCCUCAGCAAUAUGUGGAUCUUCCUCAUCCAGUCUUUUGCAUUUUUGUCAGGCUACAUGUGGUACAACAUCUUUCAGUAUUUUUACCAUUGCCUGUUUUAGGAACGGACUUGGACUUGUCAAGGUCACCAUAGGAAUUCCAACUUUCAUGACUGCAUUAUUUCACAUGUGCAAAUCAGAAUAUAAAACAAGCAAAGGAAA